ACAACACCGCCGGUGAAAUUUGAGGUUAUGCCUUUGACAACACGUGUGUAUGUUGCGUGAAAACAAACCGUGAAUUCGUAUAUUUGAGACCUGAAAAUCAGCGAAAAUGAGCGAAGAAAAUGAAAAAGAGGGAUCUGGGAUCAUGGUUCGAUUGGCCGUCAAUCGGAUCGAUCAAAAUCUUCCCACCCAUCAAGAUCCACAAGUGUUCCUUUACUCUCCUGGAGAAGAAAUAUCAACGCAGCCAGAUUUUUUGAGGGGUCAUGGAACGUAUGUGGACGAACAAGAAGUUCUGCGAGCAUCGGUUGCUGGUCGAUUGGAAAGAGUCAACAAGCUGAUAUCUGUGAAGCCUUACAAAACCAGAUACCAAGGUGAAAUCGGAGACGUCGUUAUUGGAAGGAUAACAGAGGUUCAGCAGAAACGUUGGAAAGUUGAUUGUAAUGCCAAAUUGGAUGCUGCUCUUCUUUUGUCUAGUGUCAAUUUGCCAGGAGGAGAGUUGAGGAGAAGAUCAGUCGAAGAUGAGCAGGCAAUGAGACGCUAUUUACAAGAAGGAGAUUUGAUAUGUGCAGAAGUUCAGAGUAUCUUUGCCGAUGGCUCUCUGUCUCUGCACACUAGAGUCCUUAAGUACGGCAAAUUAUCUCAAGGCAUCAUGUUGAAGGUAUCGCCUGCAUUGAUUAAAAGGCAAAAAACUCACUUCCACAAUCUAACGAAUGGAGCCUGCUUAGUCCUGGGAAACAAUGGAUACGCGUGGAUAGGAGCCAAUGUUGCUGAUACAGACAGGUCGGAGGGUGGGUUUACCCAGGAUUUAUCCAGAGUCAGUCAAGAAGACAGGGAGGUAUGCGCCAGACUGCGUAACUGUAUUCUGAGUCUUGCCAAAAGUCACAUUCUAUUGUCGGACACAUCCGUCACUUACGCCUACGAGGAAUCGAUGAAGUACAGCAUUCACGAGAUGCUGAUACCAGAGGUACAGCUCGACGUCGCCUUGCUGACACACCAGAGGCUCACCAUAUCGUUAUAAAUAACAUUUAUCUUUAUAGUUGUUAAUAAGAGUAUCGAGUAAGUUAAGAAUGAGUAUUGAUUUUUAUAAAAUCGACGUAAUAUAAUUUUAUAUAUUCAGGCAAAAAGUUUAGUAAAUCACGAGAUAUUUUCUCCCAUAACGA